CUGCCGCCGUUGUGGCCGCUCCGUGGAGGCUGGCACGGGACUCGGUGUCCCGGCGCGCCGCGGGCCGUGGGCGGAGGGGCCGAGGUGGGAAAGGCGGCAAGGCCGGCAGCUGCUGUGGACGGUGUUGGGGCUGUGCGGUGUUUGUUGGGGAGGCAGCAGGAAGAGUUCCAGAGUCUGUUUGAGCCACAGCAGGAUGGAGGAGCCCACUGGGAACCUUCCCAUCCGGAGAGACAUCCUCCUUUCCGAGUUGUGCUGUGAUCACGUCCCCGUACCCAGCCUGUGAGUGAGUUCGGUGUGCUGUAAGGGCCAGCAUGUUCGGCCGCUUUGGGUGGAAGUGCUGAGAUCUUUGGUGGCUUUAACUGACCCUCAGGAGGGGAAGCUGACUCAGUCUCAAGAGAAAGCACUAAACUGGCUGUGCAUUUGGAAAACUAUAUUUAGAGUUGUUCCUGGGCCUACAUCAAAGACCUCAGUGGAGUGACAGCUCAAAGAUGGGAGACCAGGAGGCAGGUGAACCUUUUCUGGGGAUAGUGGCUGAUGGUGCCAGAGACUACGAAGGAGUUCUGCCCUCAGACACCGUGUCACUCAGCGAUUCUGACUCUGAUGACUUGGGGCUGCCGGGUGAAGCAGAAGUUGAUACAAUAUCUCCAGAGGAGCCCUCUGUAGAUGAAGGGGAUUUCAGAUCAGGAGAGACACCCGACUCUUCAAACAGCAGUCACAGAUCUCCUGUCCAGCCAUUCCAUCUGAAGGGCAUGAGUUCUACAUUCUCUCUCCGUAGCCAGAGCAUUUUUGAUUGCCUGGAAGAGGCAGCCAAGCUGUCUGUGCCCUCGAUGCCUGAAGAUAAUGUUGUUGAUGGGAGGUUUAAGCGUCCACUGCCCCCAACCACAGUUUCAGGUAACAUGGUCCCAGAAAGCAUGGGAAGGCAAGCCAGAGCAGUGCAGGCUCCCAAAACCUCUCCUGCAGUGCCUGACUACGUGGCACACCCAGAGCGCUGGACCAAAUACAGCCUAGAGGGAGUUUCUGAGUCCAGUGACAAGACUAACAGGGCAGUGGCCAUGGAAUUUUUAGGAGGUCUGAAGAAAAGAGGGGAGCAACAGAGCUCGGCUACCCAAGAUAGCUACACCCCGUCCUUCAACCAGGACCCUUCCAGCUGUGGAGCUGGGAGGAUUGUCUUCACCAAACCAACUAAAAGAGGUGUUGAUGGACUGGAAAAGAAAACACCAGGAGGGGAGGAUGAUAAGAAACAGGUGAAGACAGAUCUGAAAGGAAAAUCUCUUAAGAAGACUGAUGACUUGAGGGAAGAAGAUAAGGUUGAGCUGGGGCACUUAGACAGUGACAGUGGAAAGGCAGCAGAGGAGGAGGAGUGCAUGAUGGAGGGGGACCAGAACACAGAAUAUAAGCCUGAUGCAAGGCUUAGUGAUGCAGGUGGAGAGCCGUCACUGGGAACAGUUGGAUUUCACUGCAGUAAGAAGAAGAGCAGAAAAAAUUUCCGACCUAAAGUAGAUGAUGAAGGGGAGGAGGAAGAGUCCUAAAGGAUGAAGCACAUUGGAGACAUCCCAGGACUUGUCUUGUUCAUUUUUAAUUUUUUUUUUUUCUGGUGUGGAAACCACAUGUUAGUUUUUUGUCCAACAGUUUGCAUCAUAGCCACCAAGAGCUUUUUAUAUUGUUAGAAAUUGAGCUACCCAAAAUAAACUCCAGACUUUCUGUUUAUGAGAAGUUGACAGGCACAGAAUAGUUGCAUCCUGGCAGGAGAGAAUAAAGUGCUUUGUUUGCUUGAACAGCUCCCUGGGUCUUGCUCUGGAGCUGAAGUAUCCAAAGAAAUAGCAGUGUUAGCUAAAAGGAUGCAGGGCUUCCUAGUAACUCCCAGUUUUUGGAAUUGUCCCAAAUCCUGUGGAAUCCUGGAGAAAAGGUAAUGAUCUCAUUAUGUAGAGAUUUUUAAACAAUGAAAAUAAAACCUGGUCUUCCAGUGGAUGGGACUUCUCCUGGCCCUGCCCCAGGAAGGAAAACCCUUUAACUUUUUUGUUUAAAAACUUCCUUCUCUCAUUGGCUUUGAGGGCGAAAGCACAACAGUGCCCAGUUAUAUGACACGAUCAUCUGCACCUUUGUAUGUUCUUUUCCAGGAGAUGCUGCUUCCAUAUUGAUUCUCUUAUGUGGAUUGGGGUAUUUGUGGGAAUGAGAUAUUUAUACCAGAACUGGAGACUUUUUUGUUCUAUGUGAUACAAUAAACUUUUGGUUGUAACUUGA